GUCUAUUAUUAUCACGUUAAACGUUUCACUGUUUUAAGUUUUAACCACUCGUCAUUCGUCAAAAUAAUUCGGACUUGUUUUUUAUUGUUAUUUUAUUCAAACACUGAAUCCAACGUCACUAGUCUUCAUCUGAAUUUUAAAGGUUAACCGAGAGUGUAAUAAAUUGUAAGUACUACGCCCGUCAUUUUUAUUCAAAAAUAUUCUACAUUCCACAGUACUGCUGACAAGUCCCACCGGUCACCACCGAAUCUUGUCGACGAAGACCGACUCCUACUCCUCUCCACUGCCUCGGCCGUUUCAACAACAUCAAAUAUAAAAUAGCAUAAUAUUAUGAUGAUGUCAUAUUUUUGAGUAUUAUCGCUGUACAGUUAUAUACAUUAUUCAUCAGUUUUCGUUCGUGUGGCGUAGACGGCCUGUCGCCUACUUAUAUUGUUGUGACAACAUUUUAAAGUUUUCCUUCCUCUUGUUGUCGUUCGUCAACAAUGGCGGAUCGCCAAGGAGAUGAUCUGCGGUUACUAGAUGACGGCAAUAAUUCGUCAGCAUUAGUAGGUGAAGCAGAGGUAGCGGACAACACGCUGGACAAACCUACCGUUCGGCAAACAGUUUGGCGAGUGACCAAAGGUCUAGUACCCGUGGUCUCCAUCUACGCUCUUGGUUUUUGGCGUGUAGCGUCUGUUAGCGCUUGGGUGCUAGUGCCUUUCUUCUUCUGCCUGUCGGUCGUCCGCGACCUCUUGCGCAAUUCUGGCCAAAUAAAACGCCGUCGUGCACAACUAGCUGCUGCUGCCAACGAGAAGGACUUGAUCACUGCUAACUUUACCGAGCUACCUUCCUGGGUGUUCUUCCCAGAUAUCCAUCGCGCUGAAUGGCUCAACCAGAUUAUCAAACAAAUGUGGCCAAUGAUCAGCGUAUAUGCUCAGACCACCAUAAAAAAUACUGUAGAACCGAUGGUUAUUGAAAGUCUACGUGAAUACAAAAUCAACAAUUUUGCGUUUGAUAAAUUACGACUUGGAUCUAUACCACCCAAAAUUGGAGGUGUCAAAGUCUAUGAUAAAGUAUCACGCGAUCAAAUAAUGUUGGACAUUGAUGUUAUAUUUGCUAGUGAUAGUGACAUAUCAUUCUUUGUAAGCGGAAUCCCUUGUGGUAUCAAAGAUUUUCAAAUCCGUGGUAUGAUGAGAGUAAUUAUGAAACCAUUGCUCACUACUUCACCUUUGGUAGGUGGAAUGCAGAUAUUUUUCCUACAUCAACCUGAUAUUGAUUACGAUUUGAUGGGUGUUGCUGACGUACUGGAUAUGCCUGGCCUCAAUGAUAUAUUGAAAAAAGUUAUUGCCCAACAAGUAGCCGCUUUAAUGGUUUUACCUAACAAACUGCCUAUAGUUUUGAGUAAUGAAAUAGCUGCACAUGUAGUAAAGUUACCUGAGCCAGAGGGUGUUCUACGUGUACAUAUCUUUCAAGCUAAAAAUUUGGUGGCCAAAGACAUGAGCUUAAUAAGAAAAGGCAAAUCAGAUCCUUACGUCAUUAUUACAUUAGGUUCACAACAAUACAAAACUCAUACAAUAAAUAAUGAACUGAAUCCUAAAUGGGAUUAUUGGUGUGAGUUUGCAUCCUUCUCUCCCAGAGGACAAGUAUUGAAACUCAAACUUUAUGAUGAAGACGAAAUGGUGGGAAAAAAACAUUCGAAUCUAGGAAGAGCUUCAAUACAAAUUGGCAAUGUUGCAAAAAAUGGUUACUUUGAUAAGUGGAUCAACUUGGAGGACACCAAACAUGGUAUGAUACAUGUGCGUAUGAUUUGGUUGGACUUGACUUUGGAACAGAGUGCAUUAAAGAGGGCCCUUACUGAAACCCAAGAACUUCGAAUAACAAACCUAAGUUCAGCUGUAUUGAUGGUGUAUAUAGACUCGGCCAUCAAUUUACCAAACGCCCGAGCCCAAAGCAAACCAGAUCCAUUGGUACGAGUAACAGUUGGUCAAACUACCCAAGCAACUGUAGGAAAGUUACGCACUGAACGUCCUGUCUAUGAACAAGGAUUCACGUUUUUGGUGAGCAACCCUGAAACAGACACCAUUGAAUUUAAGGUUAUAGAUCAAAAAACAAAUACUCAAUUGGGUCUGUAUGUAUACGAAUUAUCAUCACUAUUGCUUGCUCAAAAUAUGCGAGUGGAUACUCAACCUUAUGAUCUAAUAAUCGACAGCAAAAACCAACAGCAUGAUAGCAAAAUAUUGUUUUGUAUGCAACUCAAAUUUCUGAAAAAGUUGCCCUUAUUGGUCGAUGUCAGUGACGACGCUGCUUCAGUAACUAAACCACUUUCAAGACAGUCAUCUGUACAGUCAACAAAAUCUAUCAACAGUGUUAUAACAUCAGCAGAUAUAUCUGAGAUUCAGUCUUCAGCUGUUGCAGUUAACACACCCACAGAUGGUAUGAGUAGGACCUCGUCUAUUAAAAGAGAUUCAACAAUAUCUCGAAUUUCACAUGCUGGCGGCGGUGAUCAAGAACCACUUGUGGAGCAAGCUGAAACUACUGAACUGUCAACCGAACCAGAAGAACCAGCUCCUGGUACAGGAAUUUUAGGCAGCAUACAAAUCACAUUGAUGUUCAGUGUGGCCAGACAACGUCUCAAUGUUACUAUUCAUAAAGUCGUUAACCUACCAAUCAAAGAACCUUCGGACAUCCCUGAUCCUUAUGUCAAGUUAUAUGUGCUACCCAAAAAAGAAAACAGUAACACUAAAAGAAAAACCGAAACAUAUAAAGACAAUUGCAACCCUGUAUAUGAAGAAACAUUCGAGUACAUCAUGGGAGUGGCCGAGUUGAACAGCAAACAGCUGGAAGUGACUGUCUUAACCAAGAAGACUUGGCAUAGUCCUGUCUUAGGUCAAAUAGUAUUGAACAUUAGCGACUAUGUCAACAUUAACACUCCCAGUUUUACUGGUUGGUUUGAUUUAGAAGCAGAAAUCAAAGAAGGCACUGGUUAAUUAUAAUUUAUAGUGCUUUUAAAACUAUUGUUAAUUUUGUAAACGGCGUACAUUUAUUAUUUUGUUACAUCA